GCGAAUGAUUUCUUUAAGUAACUCAUUACAGUUUUUUUUUUUUUUUUAUGUUAUAUGAAUAUAUUUAUAUGCAAUAGCAAGACAACACUGUUUCUCUAAGCUGAUUAGUGCCAUGUUGUUAUAUUAUCAGUGGCCAUGGUUCCUGCUCGAAUUGAUGAAUUGGUCCAAUCUGUUACGUUAUACAAACUCAGGCCUGUAAUCCUUCAGGGAACUAUAUGGCCCUUUAUCAUACCUUACUUUGCCGUCUGGUACUGUUGGUUCUUCAUUUAUGACAGUGAAGAAUUCACCGAAGCAGGAUUUGUUGGAACAGCGGUUAUUGCCGUUGCUCAAAUAUUAAGUUGCCUCUGUUGUUACUGGUCUGUCCACGUCCAGAGCUUUCUUACCUGUAAAAAGGUGAAAUUUCCUGAUCAUGCUGAACUUGUUAAGGUUGUGCCAACAGAACAUAAUGGAUCCUCAGAACUUGUCAGUUUGCACCAUGCAAGGGAUGAAAAUGGACGAUAUGCUGGUUGGUUUAUGUUUCAAAAAACAAAGUAUGUUUGGGAUGAAGAGCGGAGACAAUUUCGGGGACUUGAGUUUCCAAUUAGUCAAAGACUGUCUCAUUACCUCCAGUGGAAGGGUUACUCUGAUGAAGCCAAUUUGACCAAUGCUGAAUCCAACUAUGGCAAAAAUAUGCUUGAUAUGGUUGUUCCCGAAUUCAAAGAACUGUUCAUUGAGCGAGCGACUGCUCCAUUUUUUGUUUUUCAAGUAUUUUGUGUUGCGCUAUGGUGCCUAGAUAAGUAUUGGUACUACUCCAUCUUCACAUUAGUUAUGCUUGUGUUGUUUGAGUGUACCCUCGUUCAGCAGCAACUAAGGAAUAUGGCUGAGAUCAGGAAGAUGGGCAACAAACCUUACACGAUUCAGGUGUACCGAAAUCGCAGGUGGAGAGGCAUCAUGUCUGACGAGCUGAUCCCUGGUGAUAUUGUUUCAAUCACUAGGUCUGAAUCGAAUCUUGUACCCUGUGACAUUCUUCUCCUUAGGGGUCCCUGCAUAGUUGAUGAGAGUAUGCUCACAGGUGAAUCAGUGCCUCAAAUGAAAGAGCCUAUUGAAUCAUUGGAUCCUAAUAUUGAACUAGAGAUUGAAGGACCAAGCAAACUUCACAUUCUUUUCGGGGGCACCAAAGUGGUCCAGCACACGCCUCCUAGUAAGACCUCCUCAGGUCUUAGGGCACAGGACAACGGCUGCGUUGGUUACGUGCUCAGGACUGGAUUCAAUACCUCACAGGGUAAGCUGCUCAGAACGAUCCUUUUCGGAGUGAAACGAGUGACGGCAAACAAUUUAGAAACAUUUGGAUUCAUCUUAUUCCUGUUGAUCUUUGCUGUAGCUGCUGCAGCCUAUGUUUGGGUCAAAGGUUCGGAGGAUCCUAACAGGAAUAAAUACCGCCUUUUCUUGGAAUGUACCUUAAUUCUGACAUCAGUCAUACCACCGGAACUGCCUAUAGAAUUUAAACAACCAGAAACAAUUACAUCUCUGAGUGACAUACCUCAGGAAACAAUGCAUGUGCUAGCAUCUUGCCAUUCGCUGGCUCAGCUUGAGGAUGGUAUAGUUGGCGAUCCUCUAGAAAAAGCUACACUUUCUGCAGUUGAUUGGAGUCUUACAAAAGGAGAUGCUGUGAUACCUAAGAGGUAUAAAUCACCUGGCUUAAAGAUUUUUACUCGUCAUCACUUCUCUUCCAGUCUCAAGAGAAUGUCAGUCAUCGCAGGAUACACCCAACCGGGUGCCUCAGAGACCACCUACAUCGCAGCUGUCAAAGGGGCUCCUGAAACUCUCAAACCAAUGUUUGUAGAUGCUCCAGAGAACUAUGACAACAUCUACCUAUCCCUUUCCCGCAGAGGCGCAAGAGUGUUAUCACUCGGUUGGCGACAGCUUGGACACCUCUCACACCAACAGCUUCGAGAGCUGACGAGAGAUGAUGUUGAGUCAGGUCUGAGCUUCGCUGGCUUCCUCAUCAUCACCUGCCCUCUUAAGACUGAUUCCAAAUCUGUCAUUAAAGAAAUCAUCAGUUCUUCACACUUUGUUAUGAUGAUUACUGGUGACAAUCCUUUGACUGCCUGUCAUGUCGCUAAAGAACUGAAGUUUGUAUCUAAGCCAGGCGGUGUCCUUAUUUUAAAAGAGAACAAUGGAAGCUGGCAUUGGGAAGAUAUAGAACAAAGAACUGAGAUUUCACUUUCCAAAGGGAUCAGUAUUAUUGAAUCUUACGAUCUUUGUAUUACUGGUGAGGCACUGACCUACUUACAAGAAAGCAACGAACGUCUUCUUAUGGAUCUCCUUCCGCACACAGCUGUGUUCGCUCGUGUGGCGCCCAAACAGAAGGAGUUCGUUAUCGUCAGCCUUAAAGCUCUAGGUUUCACAACGCUUAUGUGUGGCGAUGGUACCAAUGAUGUAGGUGCCCUAAAGCAUGCUGAUUGUGUUGCUAUUCUGGCCAAUGCACCUGAACCAAAGUUUGAUCGGAAGAAAAUAGAAAAGGAAAAAGAAAAAGUAAGAAGCCUAACUGAAAAGUUAGCCAUGCCUCAAAGGGGAAGUAAUGAACAAAGAGCUAAUUCUGUCAAUUCAACACAGGAAAAAAUUCAGCGGAUGUUAAGAGAGAUUGAAGAAAGUGAACAGGCUCCAAUAGUAAAAUUGGGCGAUGCAAGCAUAGCAGCUCCAUUCACGAGCAAAAGAUCUUCUAUUCAAUGCAUAUGCCAUGUGAUAAAGCAGGGACGUUGCACCCUGGUGACCACAUUACAAAUGUUCAAGAUCCUAGCACUGAACGCUCUAAUACUCGCCUACAGCCAGUCUGUAUUGUACAUUGAUGGGAUCAAGUUCAGCGACAUGCAGGCUACAGUCCAAGGAUUAUUAUUGGCAGCUUGCUUCCUCUUUAUAUCCAGAUCUAAGCCAUUAAAGGUACUUUCUAAACAAAGGCCACUUCCUAAUAUCUUCAACGUUUACACGAUAUUAACAGUACUGCUGCAGUUUGUUGUACAUUUUAUUUGCUUAGUCUACCUGGUCCAGCAGGCAAAUCUUCGAUCACCUGUGAAGGAGAAUUCUGCUGUUCUUGGAUGUAUCUCCUCCAAAAACGUUAGUGAAUCUAUGAAAGAGGAAAAUCGUCUGAGGUGGUUUGGUCAUGUUACUGGAAUGGCGGUGAAUCAAGUGGCCAGGAUUGCAUUAGAAAACGAGAAGAAAAUAUUCCCUCUUGGAAAUAACAUUAUCAUGGGUGUUACUGGAACCAGUGGUGAUACUUCUCAGUUUGCUGAAUAUAUUGGUAAGAAUGUUCAAUUGUACAAAAUGAGGAAUGGAUAUGAACUUACUCCAAGUGCAGCAGCUCAUUUCACUAGGCAUAAUUUAGCAGAUUAUCUGCGCAGUCAGACUCCUUACCAAGUAAACUUACUACUGGCUGGUUUUGAUAAGGAAAAUGGUGGUGAACUAUAUUUCCUUGACUAUUUAGCAUCGUUUCAGAAAGUUCCUUUCGCAGCUCAUGGUUACGGUGGCCUCAUAUCGUACAGCAUUCUUGAUCGAUACGCAAAUAAAGAUAUGACCCAAGAAGAAGGAUAUAAUGUAUUAAAACUGUGUAUAGCAGAAAUUCAAAGAAGAUUGAUUGUUAAUUUGCCUAACUUCAGCGUUCAAGUUGUGGAUAGGAAUGGCAAUAGAGAACUGAAAUCAAUUACAAAGGAAGAUAUUGUUGAACACUUAGCAAAAAAAUAAUAAUAAAAUAUUGUUUAUUUUUCUUUAAUAAAUUAUGGUUUCAGUAAAAUUUUAUAAGUCUGUCUGAUUUUAUUUUAUAUGGUUAUCUUGAUUUAUUAUAGUUUAAU